UCUCAGAAAUCUUCUAGUAAUAGAUAAUGAUUGUGAGGAAGGCACUAUGCGUAUGCCUCCUGGUGUUGCUCGCGGGAGCGAGAGGGCUAGUACCAGAUACUGCGAGUGCGAACGAGAUAAAUGAACUUCAGAAGCAGAAGACCACAUACUCGGGGGCGGCGCUAUACCCCCGCACCACAGAGACCAGAGAUCUCAGGAGCCUAGAUGGUAUCUGGAACUUCCGAAAGUCUCCUGCUGAUCCAGAGUAUGGAUACAGACAUGGAUGGUACGAGAAGGAUCUUGAUAAGACAGGUCCAGUGAUCCCGAUGCCAGUGCCGUCGUCCUACAACGACAUCGGGGAGGAGGCUUCGCUACGUGACCACGUGGGCCUCGUGUGGUACGACCGGCGGUUCCACGUGCCGGCCUGGUGGGCGCGCGGCGAGCAGCGCGUCUGGCUGCGAUUCAGCAGCGUGCACUAUGCCGCGCAAGUGUGGGUGAACGGCAAGAUGAUGGCGUUCCACGAGAUCGGUCACCUUCCGUUCGAAGUUGAGAUCACCGACGUGGUCAACUACAACACCAGCAACCUGCUCACCGUGGUCGUCGACAAUAUACUACUGAGCGACACCGUGCCGCAGGGAUACGUGAAGGACAUCGUGGUCGCGAACAACAAGGUGAGACAAGAGCAGUCGUACACGUUCGACUUCUUCAACUACGCCGGCAUCCACCGCUCCGUGUUCCUCUACUCCACACCGCAGGUCUACAUCGAUGACGUCAUCGUCAACACUGACAUACAGGGACUCACAGGGUUCAUAAUCUACAACACAACCUACAAGGGCGCGUCUUCGGACGUGGGCUGCCUCAUCCAGAUAUACGACAAGAACGACACACAGGUCGCCGCGGCGCAGGAGUGCGGAGGGCUGAUAGAGAUCCCCAACGCCAACUUCUGGUGGCCCUACCUCAUGCACCCCGACUCGGGAUACCUUUAUACCUUCAAGGUGUCCCUCCUAGGUCCGCUGGAUGAAGUCAUCGACACGUACCACCUCAAGAUCGGCAUCCGGACGGUGACGUGGAGCAACACCACCAUGUUCAUCAACGACAAACCCAUCUACCUCAGAGGUUUCGGCAUGCACGAGGACUCUGAUCUCCGCGGAAAAGGCUGGGAUCCAGUCCUCUGGGUGAAAAAUUUCAAUCUGAUCAAGUGGGUUGGUGCAAACGCCUUCAGAACUUCCCACUACCCCUACGCUGAGGAAAUCUACGACCUGGCUGAUGAGCAGGGCAUCAUGAUCAUCGACGAAUGCCCAGGAGUUGAUACUGACAUCUUCUCCGACAACCUCCUGGAGAAGCACAAGCAGUCGCUGACGGAGCUGAUCAGGCGCGACAAGAACCACCCCAGCGUCAUCAUGUGGUCCAUCUCCAACGAGCCCCGGUCCGCUAACGUCAAGGCCGACCCUUACUUCGGAAAAGUGGUGAAGCACGUCAAAUCCAUGGACCUGUCAAGGCCAGUCACUAUCGCCAUCGCACAGAGCUACCUGGCUGAUAAAUCGGGUCAGCAUCUAGACAUAAUCUGCUUCAACCGCUACAACGGAUGGUAUGCAAACCCCGGUUCCCUGCAGAACAUCGCCGCUUACGUCACUGAAGAGGCUACCGCCUGGUUCCGGAAGCACAACAAGCCAGUCAUCAUGACGGAAUACGGCGCUGAUACUAUACCGGGACUGCAUUUGCUUCCCGAGUACGUGUGGUCUGAGGAGUACCAGGUGGCGCUGAUGUCUGAACACUUCAAAGCGUUCGAUCGGCUCCGUCGGGCCGGUUUCUUCGCCGGAGAGUUCAUAUGGAACUUCGCUGACUUUAAGACUGCACAGACAACCACCCGCGUGGGUGGCAACAAGAAGGGUAUAUUCACGAGGUCUCGCCAGCCUAAGGCCUCAGCUCAUCACAUGCGCGCGCGGUACCUCGCGUUGGCCGCUGCCGACGCCGGCGCGCCGCCACCGCCACCACCAUUGUACGUCAGCGACGGACGACCUGCGCACCACGAGCUCUAACCAUAGACUAAAUAGUAAAGCAUAGAGUGUAGACCGUAGAGUCUAUAGUCUAUAGCAUACAGUUUAUACUGUAGAAAACGAAUUGAUAGACGUGACUCCUUUGGCCAUUUGAACGAGAGUAUUUUAUUUUGUCGUGGUUUAAGUAGGCCAAAAACCAAAGACCUU